AUGUCGCGCCACCGCCACAUCCGCAACCUGUGCUACGACGACUACGACGACUACGCGGACGACUACGACGACUACUACUCCGAGCCGGAACCGGAGCCGGAACCGGAGCCGGGACCGGACGAUGAGUCCCUUCUGGCCGACCUAGCCGCGCAGUUCCGCCGCUGUCUGAACGACGACACCAUCCAAGAGGCCACCAUCGACGCCGCCAUCGUCGCGGCGGACUACGACGUCGACGCCGCCCUCGAGCUGCUGCGCCAGCAGCGCGCCGCGGACGCGGCCGCGGCCACCGCGGCCAUGGCCUCCCUGCAGCUCUCGCACCCGUCGCCCAUCGCCCGCAUGCUCGAGGAGGACGCCGCCCCCGCCGAGCCGCCCCGCAUGCCGGAGCCCGCCGACACCAGGGAGCCGCUCGUGCUGAGCGGCGGCAACGCCCUGCUGCCGCGCGAGCCCGCCGACAUAUCCCCGUUUCGAUUCGAUAAGCCGUCGCCAGACGACGUUUUGCUCGCGAAGAAGGGCGGCGCCGGCAGGAAAAAACUCGCGCUUAGGAUGCCCAAGGUCAAGCCCGGGUCGCGGAAUGCCGUUAUUGACGCCGGCAAAGUUAACGGCGUGGCCGAGGUGCCCAAGAAAAAGGAGCCGCCAGCGGUGGUUAAGCCCGCGAAGAAACCGCCUCAGGCGGCCGGCAUGAAUAGCAAGGUCAAGCAGAGGGUGAAAACUGCGGACUUUAGGACUAAAGUGAAGGAGGGUUGCUCGUCGGUGUCCGUGGUCGUCGCGGGGCAUGUAGACGCGGGGAAGAGCACGUUGUUAGGGCAUAUAUUACGCUUGCAAGAAGGGACAGGUGGGGGCAAGGGGAAGCGCCGGAGAAAGGAGCAGGACCUUGCGUGGGGGACGGAUGAGGAUGCCGUUGAACGGGAGCGCGGGGUCACGAUUGAUAUUGCCACCAGGGUCUUUAAAACGGAGGGGCGAAACGCAAGGACAUAUGCCAUGAUUGAUGCACCAGGGCAUCGCGACUUCGUGCCGGCCAUGAUCUUAGGCGCCACACAAGCGUCUGCAGCUUUGCUGGUGGUUGACGCUUCGCCUGGCGAGUUUGAGGCGGGCUUUUCGGAGGACGGUCAGACCAAGGAGCACACUCUCGUGCUCAAGUCCUUGGGGAUUAGCCGACUGAUUGUGGUAGUGAAUAAGAUGGACGUCAUAAAUUUUGAGGAGGACAGGUUUGAAGAAGUUGCCAAGGCGGUUAAGAACUUUUUGAGAGACACUGGAUGGAAGGUGGACAGGUCGGUGUCAUAUGUCGCGGCCUCAGGUCGCUCGGGGGCCAACCUGGUUCAAAAGCCGGACGCGGAACACCCACUGAUGAAGUGGUACAAGGGACCGACCGUGCUAGAGGCCAUUGAACGCUUACCAAGCGCAGACGCUUUGCAUAUCGCCGAGGUCAGUGCGCAGCCGACGAGGCUGAUUGUGUCCGACUUUUUCCGGAGCGCCACCCUAGGCGGCAACGGCGCUGUUACUGGACGACUACUAUGCGGUACCAUCGCACCGAAAGACAAGCUCUCAAUACUUCCCGGCGGAGCGCUUGCGAUGGUGAAGAACCUGGAAACAGGGUCCGGCGAGCGGAACGGGGUCGCCGUCGCAGGCGUCGACUCCCUCCCCGUUUCCAUCGGGCUCAUGGACCUCCCGGAUGGGGUCAUCGUCAACACCGGAAGUGUGUUGUGCGACCCGGAAGCGCCUGUACCCGUGGCUGUACGUUUCACUGCGCAGAUCAUCACUGUGACCACAGGCACCCCACUGAUCCAAGGUUCGAAAGGCGUGCUGCAUAUUGGCGGCGGAGCGGAGGCUGCCUCGAUAUCCAAGCUAUGUGAAUACAAAACUAACUAUAAGAAGGGAAGUCAUGGAGGAAAGAAGAAGCGCAGGCCGCGCCGCUUAGUGAAAGGGGACACCGCGGUGGUGGAGAUUACGUGUGACCGUGGUGUCCCGAUGGAGAAAUCGACGAAUGUGAAAGCACUGAGCAGGUUUGCAUUGCGGCAAAACGGGAAAACCGUCGCGGUAGGCAUCGUAACGGAUGUUCUCAAGUCCGAGGCAAUCGGGACACCCGGCGAAAGCGCAAUAGAAUAGAGAAGGGGCCGCAAGGGACCGGCUGUAUCUAUAUCAAACAGUAGUAGCAGUAGUCAGUAGUGCAGUAUGUCGCUAUAGACAACGAAUACAAGAGCAUU